AUGGGUGCCAUUCCGGAAGCCGACCCCGAUGAGGUUAUGGAGACCAAGCCCUUCAAGUUCGUGACUGCUGGCUACGACGCUCGUUUCCCCCAGCAGAACCAGACCAAGCACUGCUGGCAGAACUAUGUCGACUACUACAAGUGUACCACUGCCAAGGGCGAAGACUUCCGUCCCUGCAAGCAGUUCUACCACUCUUUCCGCUCUCUGUGCCCCAAGGCCUGGACCGACCGUUGGGACGGUCAGCGUGAGGCUGGCAACUUCCCUGCUCACCUCGACAAAUAG